AUGGGCAAAGUUAGACGCAACCCGAGACUCUUUGAGGUCCAUCCCUUGAUCACACAGUUUUCAAGGAUUAUUUCAAAUGAGGACCAUGCAAAAGUGGAAGAGGUGACCCACAUGUUGUGGACACUUGUUGUCUUAGGCGCUGUGACGCCGUGUGUGACUGAUGUCACGAUCACACGACCACACCCAGAGGGGGAAGCUAGUCGUGGUGGUCUCAUAACUGACGAUCAGUUAACAGAGGCCUUGGUGAUCUACAGCGUUUUGAUCUGUAGCUUUGAGAUCACUGGCCUUGUUUUUAACACAUUCAAUUUGAUCGUGUUUGUUCAAAUGGGUGUGAGCGACCCAGUGAAUGUGUGCUUCUUCGCUCUGGCGGUAUCAGACCAUUGUCUUUUGGCCACUGGUCUUCUUGCUCAAAUAGCUUACAACGAUAUUGGUUCAAUGCCGAGGAAACUGUCUGUAAAUUCUUUACACAUGACCAUGAUACUUCUCUUCUACGCUCAUAUGUUCCUGGAUAUUUCUAUUCUGAUCUCAACAUUCAUUAGUCUUCAGAGAUGCUGUUGUGUAGCAUGGCCGCUUAAAUUCAAAUCUGUGUUCACAACUAAACGAAGUCUUCUGGUUAUCAUUUGCAUACAUCUCUACGCCCUGGCAUCGUACUUUCCACUUUUUCUGAAGCAGACUUUACACUCAGCCCCAGACCUUUUGAGGAAUUCUACAACUUGGAUAAUGACAUUCUCCAAAGAAAGAUCUCGACUCGUCUCCAUUAUCGACAUCCUCAAUCAAGUCUCUCUCUGUAUUAUCACGCAGGUCGUCGUCCUAAUCUGUCUCGGCAUCCUCACGACUUCUCUGAGAUCUGCGUCAAAGUUCAGAAAAUCCGCCAGAAGCGAACAAACCGAAUCCAAGACUAUCAGCAGGAAAGAAGACCAAGUUGUGAAGACGGUAACACUUCUUUCCGUUGUCUUUGUUGUGACUUACACCCCAGCGGUGAUGUUGGCUCUGAUUCAGAUCUUUGUCCCAGAAUUUGACACAUACAAAAGACUCAACAACCUCUACUUUAUCCUCCACAACGCUAAUGACCUAUUUGAGAACUCCAGCGCUGUCCUCAAUUUCCUCGUGUACCUCAGCACCAGCACGAGGUUCAGGAAAACGUUUUGGGUGCUGCUACAUCUGGACAACAAACAGGAAAAGUAG